GAAAAGCAGGCGGAUUGACAGGCGGUGGCGGAGGGAGGCUUCAUAGUACAUUCCGUGUUGUAGCGUAGCUACGGGACUGGCAACCAUAAGCUGCCCUCCGCUAUUACUUUGCUGUCUGAAAAGUCUGUCUUUUGACACCUAGCGGGUUGCGAAAAAAGUCGGAUAUUUUACGACAGAAUGUUGGACAUUGACCUGGAUAUUUUUGUUCUCUAGCCUAUGUUGAAUAUUUCUGACACCUUCCAGUAGCAGCAUCAACAACAGCUGGCUAACGAGAGUUUAGCAUUAGCAACCGACAGCCGAACAGCUGCCCGGAAGGAGGCCGUCUCAACACCGGGUGGGGAUUUAACUUUGAGAGCCCCAACAUCAGCACUGCUCCAGCAUAAAGUCAGUGAAACACAAUAAACUGAGCUUUAUUUGUUUCGGUAAGAAUGGAGCCUUCUUUGGGGAUAUGCGACGAGGAAUGCUUGGCAACUGUAAAAGGUCAGGAGCUGAGGUCUGGCCAAAAGGAGCCCAGACUACUGUCACUAAUUGAGCACAAGGGAGAGUUUAUAUUGCGUGUAUUGGCCACUCCUAAUGCUGUUGUGUCUCAUCCAGUGCCUGAGUUGUCCAUACUCAUCAACAGUAAUUUUGAAAUUGUACGAGAAGCUGAAGAGGCACUACUAAUUGAUUUCUCAGCAGAUUCCUGGGUUAGAAUACGAAUCAAAGGAGACAAAGCACCAGAACUGCUGUUGGAACUUCAGGAUGAUGAACGGAGUCAGACCUUCAUUGCCCAGGUGAAGAGUGCUCAGCAGCAAGCUGUGUCUAAACGCAAAACGAUGGAGCCCCUUACACCAACACCCCAUAGAGGUCCAGUCCCCAUUCCACCACACAGGGCAACCAAGACAGCUAACACUAUGAGUCCUGGAGUCAGCACACCCAAAUCUACCAGCACACUGAAUCCCAGUGUUAAUAACGGCACGUCAACAAAUAAGAACAAUACAGGUCAGUUGCUUCCUACAAAUGUUGGAUUUGACGAGAGCAUCAACCACACAGUUAAAGUUGAAGAAAAAAAGAACCACCAGAAUCGCAUUGUUGCCUCCAGGGAACCUCCACCUGUUCCCCCUCUACCCCCCCGCAGAGCCUUCGCUCCAUCAAAUCCUCUUCCUCCUUUGCCUGACCUACAAGAAAGAGAUGUCUCCUUACAGGCCAGAGACAACUCCAUAAAUAACAGCAAGCCAGAUAGUUUUAGGUCAGGGUUUGACUACGCGGACAGGCCAACGUCCUGGUGUGAAAGUCCCACGAGCAACAGCAUGAGACAUGACAUCCUGUCCAGUCAAGUAGGACAAAGAGAAUACCUCAUCAAACAUCGCCUGGCUAAGAAGGAGAGCGAAUAUGUAGACAUACGGUCCUUCAAGUUUUUUGUAGGUACAUGGAACGUUAAUGGCCAGUCACCAGAUAGUAGCCUUGAACCAUGGCUCUGCUGUGACAGUGAACCUCCUGAUAUUUAUGCUCUGGGUUUUCAAGAAUUGGACCUGAGUACUGAGGCUUUCUUCUACAUGGAUUCAUCCAAGGAACAGCUGUGGGUUGAAGCUGUGGAGAGGAGCUUGCACCCAAAAGCCAAAUAUAAAAGGGUUCGGAUGAUACGUCUAGUUGGGAUGAUGCUUGUGAUCUAUGUGAAGAAGACACAAAAGAAUCACAUAAAAGAAGUGGCUGCAGAGCACGUAGGGACAGGAAUCAUGGGGAAAAUGGGCAACAAAGGAGGUGUGGCAGUUAGAUUUGUCUUCCACAACACAAGUUUCUGCGUAGUCAACUCCCACCUAGCAGCACAUGCCGAAGACUUUGAGCGCCGCAAUCAGGACUAUAAAGACAUAUGUGCCCGCAUGACUUUCCAUUUACUGGACUACCCUCCUCUCAGUAUCGUCAAACACGAUGUGGUUAUCUGGCUCGGAGACCUAAACUAUCGUCUCUUUAUGUACGAUGCUGCUGAAGUCAAACAGCUAAUUGCUCAGAAUGCACUAAAGAAGCUCCAGGAGGUUGAUCAGCUGAACAUUCAGAGGCAGACGAGGAGAGCCUUCACAGACUUCAUGGAAGGAGAAAUCAACUUCAUUCCCACAUACAAGUAUGACCCCAAAACAGAUCGAUGGGACUCUAGUGGAAAGUGUCGUAUCCCAGCCUGGUGUGACAGAAUCCUGUGGAGGGGCAGCAAUGUCAAGCAGCUUAAGUACCGCAGUCACAUGGAGCUGAGAACUAGUGACCACAAGCCUGUCAGUUCUCUUUUCAACAUGGGGGUGAAGGUUGUAGAUGCGCAGCGCCAGAAAAAGGUGUUUGAGGAGAUUGUUCGGGUAAUGGAUAGACUAGAGAACGACUUCCUUCCUUCUGUAUCUCUAAACAGAAGAGAGUUUACAUUUCAGAAUGUAAAAUUCCGGCAACUUCAGAGGGAACGCUUCCUAAUAACAAAUGAUGGGCAGGUACCCUGUGCCUUUAACUUUAUCCCCAAACUCAAUGACUCGCAGUAUUGCAAGCCUUGGCUGCGUGCCGAGCCAAGCGAUGGAUUCUUAGAGCCAAAUGAGACCCUGGAGAUCUUUCUGGAGGUUUAUGUCAGUAAAGAUGCCGUCACCCUGCUGAACUCUGGAGAAGACUCUAUAGAAGACAUUCUGGUGCUCCAUCUGGAUCGUGGUAAAGACUACUUCAUCACCAUCUCUGGCAACUACCUGCCCAGCUGUUUUGGCACCUCGCUGGAGGCUCUAUGCCGCAUGAAGAAGCCGAUCAGGGAGAUCCCCAUCACCAAGCUCAUUGACCUGGGAGAGGACAGCUACAUGGAAAAGGAAAAGUCCAAAGUGAGUUUCCUCAUGGCAGACGGGGCAAGUACUGAGGACAAACCUCUGAAGAUCCCCAAGGAGGUUUGGAUUCUGGUCAACCACCUCUUCACCAAGUCCUGUGAUCAGGAGGACUUGUUCCAGACACCCGGCUUACAAGAGGAGCUCCAGAGCAUCAUUGACUGUCUGGACACAAGCAUACCAGACUCCAUCCCUGGUUGUAACCACUCUGUUGCUGAGGCUCUGCUGAUCUUCCUCGAAGCCUUGCCUGAGCCAGUGGUGUGUUAUGAACUCUACCAACGAUGCCUAGACUGGGCUCAUGACAGCCGUCUCUGCAAACAGUUGAUCUCCCAGUUGCCCCGGGCUCAUCGCAAUGUGUUUCGCUACUUGAUAGCCUUUUUGAAAGAACUUCUCAAGCACGCACACAAUAAUAAUCUCACAGCUAGCCUCAUAGCUACACUCUUUGCCAGCCUCCUCAUCCGACCACCCCCAAACUUUGCAGGCAGACAAACGUCACAUGACCGUCAGAAAGCCAUCGACUUCAUUCUGGGGUUCCUUAUGGCCGGAGACGAGGAGUAACUGUGUUGGAGGCUCAUUGUAGUGUUGGUUGGGUUUGGAGCUUAUUCUCACUGCAAUCAACCUGGACCCAUUGUUGGACCAUGUAAUUGAUCUUAUGGUAUAUUUUCAUCUGUUGGAGUCCACCGCAGCUGUUCUGCAAACUAACGUUUACCAACUCUCAUUUUGGAGAUACUUCCAAUGGAACUUUGAAGAUUUUAGCUGUUGUCUGCAAUAUAUCUUCAGUUCAUACACAGUAUGACUAGUUGCUGGAUGGGGAAGCUUUUGGGAGAACUUUGAACUGAUUUCUAUGCACUUUCUAUAAGGACGAGUGCCUCCAAACCAGACUUGUCCUCAAUGUCAGCUGGCACUUCAUGUUGUAGGUGCUUAUGCCAAAGUGACCCCUGAACAGUGAGUGAUGUGAAUGUCAAACACUACGCAACUAUAAAGGUUAAAAGAAAAAACUCACACUAAAGACAGGAAGAUUACUUCCUGUAGUUCUAGAGGAGCAGACUGAAUACAGUAUGUACAAGUAUACUGUUAAAAGUGUUAAGUACUUUAAAAUGGGUUAACUCUGUAACAAAUAAUGUUUAAGCUUAAGGUAAGUCAUGACAAUCAUUUGUUGCUACGUUUUAGUUGUGGGGACAAUGAUAAGAUACCUUUGAGAUUCAUUUGUUAACAUAUCAUGUAUUUUAACUGUUAUUUAUAUAUAUUUCUUUCCUUUACGUGUUCACCAUUUGAAACUUUUUUUGGUUUCUACAGCAGGAUGGUUUAUAUUCAGACCUACAUUACUUUAGAAAGAAAAAAAACUUUGUAUGUAACCACAGCCAUGCACCUUACCUAUAGUUGUGUCAGUUUUCCCUGAGUUAGAAAACAAGUUUGUUAACACUAUAACUUCCUGUUUAACAAGAAUCAAGUGAAGACUCGGCCUCGCUGGUUCUUGAUGUCAUAGAUUGUUUAAAUAGUGAUUGUUUCCUGCUUUAUGAGUGUUUGACUUUAUGGUGGUGCGAAUCUAUGAUGUUGUCUACAGUUUUUUCUUGUUCAUCAUGGCAGUGGAAAUGUUAGUAUCUGUGUUUGUUUACAUGACUUUUGUUGUUUUUCAUGACUUAAGGCCUUUGUGACGUCAUGACACAUUUGUAGAGUAAUAUUUCUCAUUGCUGCAGCAUUUUCUGGGAGCAAGUUUAGCAAGAUUUAAUGGUUCAUUACUCUGCAGGAUACGCCCUUCUGUGUUCCUUCCUUUUUUUGUGCAGUUAGUGUUGCAAAAAAUGUUAUGCUUAUUGAAAUAAGGAACUUCUCUGCUUUGUUAAUGAAUAUUUCCCAACAGAUGUUGGUGUUCGUUUUCAUAACUCAUUUCCCUCUCACUAUCUUGUGUACUUGUAGUGAUACCUGAUUAAGCCCAAAGUUGUUUUUUUUUCCUCUGAUGUUUUAGAAAUAUGAUUUUAAUUGAUGUUGAACAUGAAGACAUGAUGUAAUGUGAAAAUGCUGGCAAUCAAGUCAAGCUACAUAAAUUCCCGUUGGACUUAA